UCCUCAUCGCUCAGACACUUCCUGCUCCGGCGGACAUGCAGCAGCUGCUGGAGCUCCUCCAGGACCCGGAGCUGGUGGCCCGGUUCCAGAGACGAUGCGGCCUCCAUCUGCUGCAGGAGCCGAACCGCGGGAGCCGAACCGCGAACGGAGAGAAACCCCGCGGGAAGCUGCAGGGAAGCUGGAACAACCAGGACAGAAACUCCAACUAUACAUACAACCAGAACCCAAGUCCUGCUCAGGACUGCAGGAAGCCUGGGUUUGAGGUGAGGAACCGGCUGCUCUACUUCCUCUUCCUCAUAUCGGCCGGUCUAGGACACGAAGUCUUUUACAUCACCUGCCUGCCCUGCAUCCACUGGAAUCUGGAUCCGUUCCUCUGCCGCCGCCUCGUCAACAUGUGGACCUGACCCGUCUCUGACACCGCC